CAGUAUAUUUACCUGGCCCUCGUCCUGUUUCUCUCCCCAACAUGCUAAUACCGUGCUAACCAACACCACCACCCGAGCUCGCCAGCGAACAUGCAGUCUCCGCGCCCCAUCCUCAAGCGCAACGCAGUCACAUACCCUCUCGAUACCUCGGCUGCGACUCUAGCUUCGGGGACAAAACAUCCUUCGCCUCGCUCUGCUUUAACCAGCACGCUUUCCGUACACUUCCCCCCCUCUCAUGGUCUCACGAAGACCUUCGACACGCACUCUGCUGCAGCGUACGACCGCUCUCCCAUUGUCGUCUCCCGCAAUGCUUGUGCUUUGCCGGAGAGGGGAUGUCCAGGCCGAACGUACGGGCUUAACGAUGAUGAAGAGAUGGACGCUAGGGGGAGGACGAGGCAUGCGAAGGAUGAUAGGAGGGCCAGGCGUUCACGUCCUCUCGCUGCGGAAGGCUACACAUCGUCAUCGCCGCCAGGCGUCCUUCCACCACUAAUACCCGACCAAUCCGAGUCCGAUGACUCAGACUCUUCCUCCAGCUCUGGUCAUGCACCUUUCAGAGUCUCGCCAGCAGCGUCAUCCAUACCCAUGUCUAUACCCACGAAGUCUCCCACAUACGGCUUCUACUCUAGCCCUCCCGGUCUAUCUUUCCUUCCUCACCCUCACCACGAGCAGCGGGAGUGCGAGCGGCCUCGUGGCCGCAGUCGCACCCGUCCCCACGGCGAUGUAUCAGCUAAGGAACAGAACCACUCUCGUCGGCAGCCCACCUACAAAUCGUUCUCGCACGAUAAUGUCCUCGUAGGUGAUGAAGGUUGCUUGGGAGGGUUCUGAUAUCGGAUAUCGGACUGUUGGAUUGUAUCGGGAG